AUGGCAUCUAUCUCGGAUCAGGGUUUCUUUCUUGACGGCCCGGCCCAGCUGGAGGAGUGGGUCGACUUUGAUCAGUUCCUGAACCUGCCCGCAGCUUAUGGCGACGAGUCCUCCGCUCUGGCUGCAACCAAUGCGACCUCUCCACACUUGGUCCUGUCCCAGGACAGCGAGAUGUGGGCUGCUGAGCCCUUGGACUUCAGUCAAUCCGCAUUCUCCGAGAUGAUCGACCUUGACAUGUCCCAAGAGAGCUUCUUUGCGAGCCUGUCCCCGGAGAUGAGCAUGAACACCGACAUCAAUGUGCCCAUAGACAACAGCGCUCUCUACAGUUACUCCCCAUACGAUUCGCAGUGGGACUUCCGACAAAUGAUCGAGGCGCAGGCUGCUGCCGACCAGAGCACCGCUUCUAUGAAAGAGAAGCGGCGUGAAGCAGGCAUCGAAUUGCACCUGCAGCGGUUGUGCGAUGCAGCCGCUAGGGACCUGGAGUUGUACUCGGAUUCCAACACCAGUUUCUCCUCCCCAAUGUGGUCUGACUAUGCUCGCGGAAGCACUUCCCCCCAGUCCGCCAGCGCCAGCGCUAGCCCCAAGACUCCCUCUGUCUCCGCUCCAGCCCAGGCGGCUGGUGCAGGAGGCAUUGAGAUGGUCCUCGACCUCAACAUGAACGCCGCUGCCAACCUGCCCAAGAAGCAGAAGCCUCGUUCUCAAGCACAGAAGGAGAACUACAUCAAGGCCCGUAAGUACGGGGCAUGUGAGAAGCACAAGAAGCAGCACAAGCGAUGCAACUGUCUGGAAAAGGCCGCAGCUCACUUGGGUGUCAAUAACGUUCCAUUGGACACUUCAUACAGGCAGCGGCCUCGACAGCCAUCGCAGGCAUCACUGGUUCAUGUAGAUCUACGUGUCUCUGACCAGCCUGGUCAUGAGAGGCAAUUAGCGCGACCCACAAUCCCAGGUCUAGGCAGAGUACAACCAAGCUCGAUGCCCAAUCUUCCUCGCGACAACACGACAUACGAGAGAAUGGUUGGCUCAGCUGUUGCGAUGUCGCCCACUCGCCUUGCGGAGAAGCGCGUACAUGCAGUUCCCGGAGAGAGACCACAGUUCCGCGUAUUUGACUUAUCGCCAUCUGCGAAUACGGCUGGACUUUCGUUGGUCUCUGCAUCUCACACAAAACAGAACAAUGGUCGGUCGGCAAGACACGACAUUCAGCAAGCUGGAUCUGCGGCUUUCGUCCCUGUCAAGCAAAGUGUUUCGAUUCCUGGAGGCAGUGCCCAGCCGAGCAUGCACCACGCUUCAAAUGGCUCAGUGCAAGCGAAUGCAAGGAUCGCGUCCCCGAACAAACCUUGCAAGGUUUCGCCAACAACAUCUCAGCACAUCGACGGUGUGGAUCGGCGGGCACCUACGCAAACGGCACCGCGCCUGCGCCUUACUGGGCUCUCCGCUGCGACCGAACUUGCAACUUCAACAAUUGGACGCACCCACAGCGACCUUGCUCGACACAACCUCACGUUUACUCCAAGUCUGGCUGUCUGGUUGCCAAGAGAACCCCUGGAUGCGCCUCGGGCUGGCGUCAGUGCGUCUGCUAUACGGCUGGAGUCAUCUCAGCCACAAGCCUCCCAGAGCUCGCCGGCCGUCAGCCGGGGCACGGAAAACCGUGGGAGACCUGCAAACCGUCGUCUGGACCAAGCCAAAGAUGCAGCUCGCACAUCAGGCAGAGCUUUCUUCGACGGCGUGGAGUCAUCGAUGGGAAGGUUUCUGCAAGAAAUCAGCCUGUCCGUUGGCGCAAGCACGCUUUGCCAGCCAGCAAGACCUCAGUCGGAACAGCUCCGCGGUCUUGCCCAAGCAGUGUCUACCCAAAUGGGUGGCUUUUUGGCGAGCACCUUAUCCGCAGUUGCUGGUAUUGGGUCGUCGACUGUAUCUGCGGCUCACUGGCCUGAAGUAGUUGUUGGCCGCUUCAUGUCGUUCAUGGGCAGCCACAUCAUGGCUAUCAGAAGAAGCUUCUACAUUCCGCGAGUGUAG